GAUAGAGCAUCUGUGAAGCGACAAUUGUGAUUGAAAAAUUCUGCGCUCAGACUGGAAGUCAGAUCAAUUGGGGAAAAAGUUCCGGUUUUUGGCAUGGCGAAUGGGACGUAACACCGGGUUGUUUUUCUCGGCUUCGAUGGUCCACCUUGCCAACGCGGUAUCUAGGAGUACCUUUGGAUUGUUACCGGGAUCCCAGCUCAUACUGGAAAGAAGAAACUUCGAGAAUGAAAGAGAAAGCGGUCGCGUGGCAAGGAAGACAGCUAUCAAUGUUUUCCCGUGCCUCUAUCUGUAAUGUCUUUUUGAUUUCGAAGCUCUGGUAUGUCAUGAAUGUGCUGUGUGCGACCCGAACAGCUAUUCAAAAAAUGCAUCGUGUUUUUGCUGUUUUUAUUUGGGCGUCCACCUGGGAAAGAACCAGCCGAACUAACCUGUUUGUUUCCGUUAAAAGCGGAGGCCUUGGCCUGGCGCAUCUUUUUUUGCGUCAAGUGGUCUCGCGAUUUAUGUUUUUGCGUGAUCAAAGUGAUCCCUUUCUAAGAUCUGUUAUGCAAGUGCGCCUACAGAGACUGCUCCCUGGAAGGAUAGUCUCCUGUGAUAACAUGUGUGGUGCUGUGACAGGAUACUUGCGCGAGGUUGUUCUUUCGUGUAAGAUGUUGGAAGUACGUUUCAGCCCUGAAUACCUAUGUAAUGUCAAUAAGAAAAAGCUGUACAAAGCGUUGGUUGACGUGAUGUUGCCGGUACCCAUUUAUCGGACACCACACUUUGGAGGCCCAGGGCAAGAUAUUUUAAAAAGAGUUAAGAACAUGCCCGUUAGACCUGUGGUCAAAACUUUUUUUUUUAAACUGCAUUCCGGUACGCUGCCUGUUAAAACCUGGCUGCAUGAUAAAGGUUUUUUCGUGCCAUGGACAACAAACUGCUUGUUAUGCAGGAAGCCCGAGACAGUGGAACAUGUUUUCCUAGAAUGUUGGGAUCCCAUUUUUUAUUGGGAUGUCCUUCAGAGGACGAUUAAAAAGGAACUCCCUUUAAGUCCUUACGGCAUCCGGUACUUAUCAAUUGAAAGUGAAGAAGUGCCCUACGAUUUAAUUAUGCUUCUUGGCCUCCACAGUUUGUGGAAAACGCGAAUGCAGGUGCGACAUGCAGACAUAAAUACAAGAUCCACACGUGAAAACUUCAUCGAAAGUGUUGUUUAUCUUCGCGAAUGUUUCAGGGCUCAGACUGAUCCACCAGAGUGGAUAUCACUGUUUGAUGAUUUGUCACAAAUGAAAAGUUUUUAGCACCACUCGCCUCAGCCCAAGUGUGGCUGAAGUGUUUUACCAUAUGUUACUUUGUAUUACACGUGCAAGACGGCAAUAAAGAAA